AUGCUCGCAUUCACUCACCUCUUCAGCGCCACCGUGGCCCUCACCUCCGCCCUCACCCCCGUCAUCGCGGCACCUCAACCGUUCUCAGCCGCACCCGCCCUCGCCCCGCGCGCCAGCGUCUGCAACGGCGACGCCUCGCUCUGCUCUCGUCUUUACUCGAAUGUCACCUACAUCGGCGCGCACAACAGCUACGCCGUCGGCACGCUCGCCGGCGCCACCACGGGCAAGAACCAGGAGCAGGAUGUCACGCAGCAGCUCAACGACGGUAUCCGUCUGCUGCAGGUGCAGGCACAUCGCAAUACCAACUCGACGGGCGCCUCCGGCAUCGAUCUGUGUCACUCUUCAUGCGAGCUGGAGAACGGCGGGUCGCUAGAAUCCUACCUGACCAAGGUCAACAGCUGGCUCGCCGCCAACCCGAACGACGUGGUGACGCUUCUCAUUGUCAAUGCCGACGAUCAGUCUGCGUCGACCUUUGGCGGUGCUUUUUCCUCCACGGGCAUCUCCUCUCGUGCCUACUCGCCGUCCUCUAACGUGAUCGCCAAGAGCUCCUGGCCGACUCUCAGCAGCCUCAUCGACAGCGGCAAGAACCUGGUGGUGUUCAUUGACAACUCGGCCGACGCUAGCGUGCCGUACAUCCUGCCGCACUUUAGCAACACCUGGGAGAAUCCGUACGACCAAACGUCGGUGCCGUUCAACUGCUCCAUCGACCGCAUCAACUCCGGCUCUUCCGCGUCGAAUCUCAUGUACCUCGUCAACCACUACCUCGAUUCGACGUUCAAUCUCUUCGGCACCAACGUCUACGUGCCCAACACCGCCGAGCUCAGCACCACAAACAGUCUGAACAGCAUCAUGACGGACACGAACAACUGUGCGAGCAUGCACGGCGGUAGCUGGCCGACGUUUGUCCUGACGGAUUUCUACGAUGUUGGCAACGGAAGCGUUUUCCAGGCUGCGGCGCGGAUGAAUGGCGUGCAGUAUGUCGCAAAAGCCAUUGGGAAUGCGACGACCGGUGGGAGCACGGGGAGUGGCAGCGGGAGCGGCAGUAGCACUGGCCGCGGGUCGAGCUCGGCUGCCUCGAAGCUGGGUAUGAUGGGCAGUGGCGCGCUGGCGCUCAUCGCUCUGGUGGCCGCCUCGACACUGGUCUAA